AUGUCGCAACCCGCCCCUUCCCCGUCCUUGCGCGACCUCCGGCCCCCGCAGCACCAAGGAAUGAGGAACCUCGACAAGUCCAAGUUCGGGCUCUCGGUCCCAGUCGUUACGGCACGCAUACCUGCCGGCUCGGUUGGAGCCGUUCUGAAACACCCAAUGUUGAGGGGACAGCUGGUGGACAUCGCCAAGGUCAAGAGCGUGCUGGUCAACCCUGAUGAGCCUGAGGCCCGGCGCGUCCUCCUCCGCGUCUCCGACCCAACUCAAUUGCCCAAGCAGACGAAAGAGUACCUCGAGGGUAUUGGAGCCCAAUUUGGCAGCUACAACAUCGACCUGGAUUACGAUUACUGGAGCGUACACGACGUGCUUACGUCUAUUCUGCCCAACUUGGAUGGCGAGGACCCGCCUUCCUCUUUCACGCAGACAGGACAUCUUGCACACGUUAACCUGCGUGACGAAUGGUUGCCGUACAAGCAUAUCAUUGGGCAGGUGAUAGUCGACAAGGUGUCGAGUGUCACCACCGUCGUCAACAAGCUCAACAGCAUCCACGCGCAGUUCCGAUACUUUGACAUGGAGGUGAUCGCGGGCAAGGAUGACUUUGUGGUAUCUACGCACGAGUCCGGUUGCUCCUUCACCUUCGACUUCUCCAAGGUGUACUGGAACUCGCGCCUGCACACCGAGCACGAACGCCUCCUCUCCCACUUUACGCCCGGCCAAGUCGUGGCGGACGCGAUGGCGGGCGUUGGGCCCUUUGCGGUGCCAGCAGCCAAGAAGGGCGCGUACGUGUUGGCAAACGACCUUAACCCCGAGAGCGUCAAGUGGAUGCGUGAGAACCAGGCGCGGAACAAGGUCGAGCCCAGACUGCGGAUAACAGAGGAUGACGCGCGCGCUUUCAUCCGCCGCGCUCCCCUGGAAGCAUGGACCAAGCCGUUCACGCGGAGCGAAGCGGUGAGAAACCGCGCGUGGGAGAAAGCGCAGCGGGCUGCCAGAGUGCAGGCCAAGAAGGAGAAGGAGGAGCGGGAGUCCGCUGGGUUGCCGGAACUGGUCAAGGAGGAAGAAAAGGAGGAGCCAGCAGCCCCCCAGACGAUCGACCACUACGUCAUGAACCUCCCCGACUCGGCGCUCGAGUUCCUCGAUGCGUACAUGGGCUCAUUCACCCCCCUCCUCUCCCAGCCAGGCUACGACAGGACCACGCCGCUCCCCCUCAUCCACGUACACUGCUUCACGCGCGAACUCGAGCCCGAGACCGCCAGCGCCGAUAUCUGCGAGCGCGCAACCGGAUACCUUGGCCACUCGGUGUCGCCAGACAUGGAUGACUUCCACCUUCAUGCCGUGCGCCGCGUCGCGCCAAACAAGGACAUGUACUGCCUCACUUUCCGACUACCCGAGGCGGUCGCGUACGCGUGA